AUGUUCAUCAUGGUGACAAUUCUGACCAACUGUGCAUUCAUGACAAUGAGCGAUCCUCCACCUUGGAGCAAGAUUGUUGAGUAAGUUAAUACACACCAGCAAGAUAAUGCUAAUGACCAACACCCAAAUGGUUUAUAAACCUUAUUAGUUGGAGGAUGUUCAAGAGUGAGUUCUUGUGCGUUUUGUGGACCUUUAGCCAAAGUAUCUGAUCUGCGUCUAUGUUUUGAUGUUUUUGCGACUGAACAGAUAUGUGUUUACUGGCAUCUACACGUUUGAAGCAACGGUCAAAGUUCUGUCACGAGGAUUCUGUAUGGGAGGAUUCACCUUCCUCAAAGACCCCUGGAACUGGCUGGACUUCAUGGUCAUCAGCAUGGCGUGAGGCUCAGUGGCACAUCUGAUGAUAAUGAUAGAAACAGGAUGAUGAUGAUGAUGGUGUUAAUGAUGUGCUUCACUGUGUUUCAGGUACCUGACAGAGUUUGUAGAUUUGGGAAAUGUUUCUGUUUUGAGGACAUUUAGGGUUCUUCGAGCUCUGAAGACCAUCACAGUCAUCCCUGGUCAGUUUCUAUCCUCUUUCAUAGUGUUUUUACAAAAACUCAUCAUUUUAUAAAGUUCUUUUUGUUUGUGUUUGUGUGUCCACGAUACUGCUUCUCAGGUUUGAAGACAAUUGUCGGAGCUCUCAUCCAAUCAGUGAAGAAGUUGGGAGAUGUCAUGAUCCUAACAGUGUUCUGCCUCAGCGUCUUUGCUCUGAUUGGUCUGCAGCUAUUCAUGGGAAACUUACGGCAGAAAUGUGUCCUCAUCCCACCCAUAUUUUUAAGCAACCAGACAUCAGACCUCGAUCACAACACAGGAUACCUUGGCAACGAUACCUAUGGCAACUAUACCAACGGCAACUUUACCCAUGGAAAUGAUACAGGCUUUGAUUUCUAUGAGCACAUUAACAACCCAGGUACUACUGCUACUGCUAUGUCUACCACUUUUGUUAGAACUACCGCUACUAUUUUAAGAGUUGGUUGUAUUUUCAAAACAAAUGGCAUGUUUAAAUGUUAGAUGCCAAUACCAAAAUCAGGCAAGUUUCAAAUAAUAAGGUCAACAUGUGUUGGUGUAGUCCCACGAUGGAAAUGCAGACUACUCGGUUAUAAAAAUUAAACCAGAGAGACACAAAAGUUGUCCAAUUUGUGAUGUCAACGAUUGGCAAAUGCCCUUAGCAGUAAGUAAAUGAAAACGUACCAAACAGAGACAUCUUGCAGUGGACAGGUCACACUUUGUGUCCCACAGAGAACAGCAGGGGCCUAGGAACUCUGUGAUACUUUUAUGGGAAACAAGCUGAGUAAUCCGAGAAAGUACAAGUGACCCUUCUACUAGAAACACCUAUGAGUCCAUCUGUGGGUCAGUCUAUGCAUCAGCUUUUCUAACCCUACUGCACGUCUUUCUUCAUGAUAGACAACUACUACUUCCUCCCUGGUCAUCUUGAUGCUUUGUUGUGUGGAAACAGCUCUGAUGCAGGGUAAGCUCAUCUCUAAAUUCAUCAUGAUGAUAAUAAUGUAGAUGAUAAUAAGGAUAUCUGAUGGUGAUGAUGGUAAUGAUGGUGUUGAUGGUGUAUUCAGGGCCUGUCCUGAGGGUUACAUGUGUCUGAAGGCAGGCAGAAAUCCAAACUAUGGCUACACCAGCUACGACUCAUUUGGAUGGGCAUUCCUGGCGCUUUUCAGACUGAUGACCCAAGAUUUCUGGGAAAAUCUUUUCCAACUGGUUUGUAUCUGAAUGGUCCCAGUGCAGACACUGGUCCUAAAUGAUUUGUGAUCCACAAACAAUUUCUUCACAUCAGCUUCAGAAAAUGCCUGUUUGUUGGUCUUUCACUUCUCUCUCUUUAUAGACUCUACGAGCUGCAGGUAAAACCUACAUGAUCUUCUUCGUGGUUGUCAUCUUCCUUGGCUCUUUCUACCUUAUAAACCUCAUCCUUGCGGUGGUUGCCAUGGCAUAUGCUGAGCAAAAUGAGGCAACUAUUGCAGAGGCUAAACAGAAAGAGGAAGAAUACGCUCAGAUCCUGGAGGCACUUAAGAAGAGAGAGGAAGAGGAGGUUAGACCUACAGCGUACCAUUGUAGACUAGUAUCAUUAAUGUUUAAUCAAACAUACAUGCAGCUUAUCAUGUGUUUGUUGUGUUACAACAGGCAGCUUGUAGGGCACUGGCUGAGAUGGAAUCCACGGAACUACAGAGCAAUGAGCAAGAACAUACUGUCAUGGGUGGUACGUGCAUUUUCCAUAGAGGCCUUCAAACAAUACUGAGGUACAAUUACGCUUAAAGUUAUUUCAAACUUAUUAUCAGGGGGGUAGAAAAAAUGCAGAAAAACACAAACAAGCAACCUCAUUGGCCAAGUCAAGGACUUUGAGUCUCCCAAGACUCCUUCCCAAUCACUUCGUAACCCACCAAUUCAAGUUGGAAGUUGGUGCUUAACUUACCCUAUGUUUCAGACUUUGAGGAAGAACAGCGGCCCUGUCCUCCAUGUUGGUAUGCCUUCGCUAAUAUCUUCCUGAAGUGGGACUGCUGUGGCUGUUGGCGUUGGGUCAAAAAGUUGCUCUACAAUUUUGUCAUGGACCCAUUUGUUGACCUUGGCAUCACGAUCUGCAUCGUCCUCAACACUGUCUUCAUGGCCAUGGACCAUUAUCCAAUGUCAGAAGACAUUGAGAACGUUUUGGUUGUCGGGAAUCUGGUCAGUGAUGAAGUAUAAUCAAUUUAUUGACACAGUAAAACCAGUGACCUCAAGUCCCUGAGUUAUGUAACUAAAGUAGAACAAUGGCAGAAAGCUUUAUUUCUGACCUCUGAUGCCCCCUCAGGUCUUCACAGGGAUCUUCACAGCUGAGAUGGUCCUCAAACUUCUAGCCAUGGACCCAUACUACUACUUUCAGGUCAGACUUCUUGUUAUCCAAGCAUAGCAUUGAUGUUCAACAGCCACAGCCAUGGUGCAACAUCUCUGCUCUGUUUUUGUGGCAAUAGGUGGGCUGGAACAUCUUUGACAGCAUCAUCGUCACCAUGAGUCUGGUUGAGCUGGGACUGGCCAAUGUUGAGGGCCUGUCUGUGCUUCGCUCCUUCCGUUUGGUCCGUGUGAAAUCAUUUUCCCAUUUACAAAGAACAAACUAUUCAUUACCUGUGUGUCUACCUGUCAUUUCACCUGAAUGAUAACCUGCCUCCUCACCUGUUGGCUUACCAACUCCAUCACCUGUCCCCAUACCUUUUCCCUGUCUGCCUAAUAAUCUGUCCUUUCACCUAUCAGUCUAUCCAUCUCAUUAACUCUCUCUGCCUCUACAUGUAAGUGUCCACCUGUCUCGUCACAUGCAAACCUGUCUCUAUACUUGUCUCCUCACCUGUCUCUCUUUCUGUUUCAUGUCCAGAUGCGAGUGUUUAAGCUGGCCAAGUCCUGGCCAACCCUCAACAUGUUGAUAAAGAUCAUUGGAAACUCAGUGGGGGCGCUGGGGAACCUGACUCUAGUCCUGGCAAUCAUCGUCUUCAUCUUUGCCGUUGUCGGCAUGCAGCUGUUUGGGAAGAACUAUAAAGACUGUGUGUGCCGUAUUGCACUCGACUGUGAGCUUCCUCGCUGGCACAUGUACGAUUUCUUCCACGCUUUCCUUAUCAUCUUCAGAAUCCUGUGUGGGGAAUGGAUCGAGACCAUGUGGGACUGCAUGGAGGUCUCUGGUCAGGCCAUGUGUUUGAUCGUCUUCAUGAUGGUUCUUGUCAUCGGGAAUCUAGUGGUGAGUCAUGCUUUGGUCUAAGAAUGCUUCACUGUCUCUAAUCCAGUUGGCCAGCAGAGGCUACAAAUACAUCUAGGUGCACACAACAUAAGGUACAAUCAAAGUUUCAAAACUGUUCCUGAUGUUACUUUGGAUUUUAAACCAGCUUCUGGGCUUAUUCCAAGUCUUGUAUCUCUUCGUAGUCUCUUUUUUUGUCCGGACCUGUUUCUGGUCUUGUUUGGGGUCUUGAACACAUCCCUGAUUGUUCAAUCUCAGGCCUGUUCUACAAACACAUAAAAUCUUGUUUUGUGUCCCAGUCGCUAUUAAUUCUGAUCUUGUUCCAGAUCUGUUUCUCAUUUUUGGUCCCAAUCUGUCUCUGAUCUUGUUUAAGGUUUCCAUAACCAAUCAAUGUCUUGUUCUGAGUCCUGAAUCAGUUUUUGGUCUUGUGGUCUUGUAGGUUUCUGAAUCUGUCCCUGGUUUUGUUUUAGGCAUUUAAAUCUGUUUUAUGUCUUGUCUUAGGUCCUAAAUUUGUUCCUGGCCCUGUUGCUUAGCUCAUUCAGUGGUUGUAAUCUGGCUCCUGAAGAGGGAGAAAACAACUUGCAAAUAGCAAUAAACCGGAUCACCAGGGCUGUAAACUGGAUAAAGACAUGGGUCCUGGGACAUGUAUGGACUCUAAUGGGAAAGGAAAACCACAUUAAUCCGGUACAAAAUGGUAAGCAAAGUCUGGGAACCUCAGGUCAGAGCUUGGAUUGCUUGCUAGUAUUUUUAUACAGUAUGAUUGUUGUUGUUUGCCAAGUUUUUUAGUCCUUUAGAGCUUCAUAUGUUAUGUUCAGUAUUUAGAUCAAUAAUGAAGUUCAUAUUUGAGUUAUAAGUUUCAAUAAACCAUGGGUUUUAUGGUAAAAUUCAUUUCAUACAUCAAAGGUUUCUUAUUCUUUAGCUUUAGCAUUAGCGGUUGGCCAUGAGGAGGACACCAGUCCAACUAAGGAGGUCCUGGCUUUGACUUAUGUGACUCCAGACCUGACAGUGCCGGAUGUCAAACCCCUCAACUGUUACAAUAGCAACUUGACCAGCAACUACCACAGCAUUGCAUUCCUGAAGGUCCCCAUCGCUGAGGCUGAGUCUGACUUUGAGACCCCAGACAACGAUGAAGAUGAAGAGGAGGAGGAGGAGGAGGAGGAGGAGGGGGAGGGCGAGGAAGAAGAUGAAGAAGAGCAAGGGGAGAAAGAAAAGCAAUCCCAAGUAAACACUUUCAUCUAACUGCAACAUUAUAUUUCAAUAUAACAAAGUGAUUUCAAUGGGAUAAAUAGAGUCUAGCACUAGAGAUUAAGGCCUCAUCCACACUGAGGUGAGUAUUUUUGAGUCCAGCCAAUCGAAAGAACAUUGUGCACAUCAAAUUGAGCAUCUUUGUACUGAAUCUAGGGUGGACUGUAAUGUUUUCAUUUGCUAUUGCACUGAAAUUCAAUGAGUUUUUCAUAUUAGCAUGCAAUUCAAAAAAGAACCAAGCAAAUAAACACUCUUAACCCAACUCACAGCAUACGCAAUACAUGCAACGAUUGCCUUGUACAUGUUGAGACAAUGACGUCCGUGUCUUCAAAAAUUUUUAUGACACACAAAGAACAGUUUAUAUAAACCCUUAUCUCAUGAGGUGUUUUUUGAAACCUUUGUCUUCAGUGACCUCAAACUCUGGUUGCAGUGAUAUCUCAUCACAGAGAUACAAAUUUGUUAUUUGUCAGUUAACAUAGCCUACCUGCCACCAGUAGGGUUCAUGACCAUUUUUUUGCCAACUGAUAAACUUCGCCACCAUCUUAAAGAAAAAUCUGUCUGAUGUAUUUAUCCAGUGUGACGACUCAUCAGUCUGCAGCACCGUACAGAGACAACCAGAAGUACAGGUGGAAGAAGAGGAUGACGAUCAGGAUGCAAAUGCACCUGUGGACUGCUUCACUGACAGUACAAACACAUUCUUACCUACACCGACCAUCAUACCCCAUCAGUUAUGAGGAGGUCUCUGUGACUGAUUAAUACUAAACUGCUUUCUGUACGCUGUCUGUUUUAGAGUGUUACCAGAGGUGCCCAUGCCUGGACAUAGACACGUCCGAGGGAAGAGGAAAGAUGUGGUCUAACUUCAGGAGAACCUGCUUCUCUAUUGUGGAGCAUAACUACUUUGAGACUUUCAUCAUUUUCAUGAUCCUGCUGAGCAGUGGAGCUCUGGUAAAUUGUUCUACCUUCACUAUUUUUAUUAUUAAAACACUGUGCAAGGCUUGUGACUUAUGUGACUGAGCAGUUCAGAUCUGAUUGGUUUUCAGAAUUGUGUGCAUAUGUGAAAACCAACCUGUGGAAUUAAUGAGGCAGACUGCAAAGAGCUGAUAUACUAACCAAAGGAAUACUAACAAGGCUGAUAUGGUUAUCUGUGGACAACGAAAACACAUGACAUUGUCGCUAACAUGGCUGCUGUAUGUAAUGCAGGUAACAUGCUAAUACUCUGACCAGACCCUAUCAACACUUUGACAUGCAGGAGAAAAAAAGAAAGUGCAAUAUAUUACCAGUUGUCACAACACCUAGUCUUGAGGUAACUAAAAUCUAAAUGUGGACAGGCUUUCGAGGACAUCAACUUGGAGCAGCGUCGAGUCAUAAAGAUCAUUCUGGAGUAUGCUGAUCAGGUGUUCACAUACGUCUUUGUUGUGGAGAUGAUGCUCAAGUGGGUUGCCUAUGGGUUCAAGACUUACUUCACCAAUGCCUGGUGCUGGCUUGACUUCCUCAUUGUAGACGUAAGAACCUUACCACCUGCAGAUAUCAAUAGCAUUAUCAGAAUUGGAGGAGGGCUGGCGGCUUCAGACAGCCAAACUGCAGUCAGACAUCAUAAGGUGCGCUGUGUCUUUCAGGUGUCUCUGAUAUCACUGACAGCAAACAUCCUGGGGUACUCUGACCUGGGAGCCAUCAAGUCUCUGAGGACUCUGAGAGCUCUGAGGCCUCUGAGGGCACUGUCUCGGUUUGAGGGGAUGAGGGUAAGACAGCUGUAUUUUUUCUUUAAUUUAAGGCACUUGCAGUUUUAAUUCUUUACAGGUAUUGUUUUCUUGUAUUGACCUUUUGACUUGUCUGUGUCCUUCUGUCUGCAGGUGGUCGUGAAUGCCCUUGUUGGGGCCAUCCCCUCCAUCUUUAACGUCCUGCUGGUGUGUCUGAUCUUCUGGUUGAUCUUCAGCAUUAUGGGAGUAAAUCUGUUCUCAGGGAAGUUUUAUUACUGUUUUAAUGAGACAUCCGAGGAGAUGUUUAGCCCCGAAGAAGUCCAUAACAAGACAGAGUGUUUGACCCUGAUACAGCAAAACUUUACAGAGGUUCGCUGGAAGAACAUCAAGAUCAACUUUGACAAUGUGGGAAUGGGAUACCUGUCACUGCUGCAGGUGGUGAGUCCCCACACUCAAUAUAAUCUACAACCCAAAUUCAAAAUUCUCCUUUUUUGGUAUUUUUCAUUUUAUGACAAUGAUCAGGACUGCAAACAGGUCAGUUUCACAGCAGGAUUCUUCUACUCCAGAUCUAUGCUGUUGUAAUACGCGCAGAAUGUGGUUUGGCAUUGUCUUGCUGAAAUAUGAAGGUCUUCCCUGAAAAGGUUUUUGUCUGGAUGGCAGCAUAUGUUGCUAUAUUUUCCAGCAUUAAUGGAGCCUUAACAGAUGUGUAAGCUACCCAUGCCAAAAGAGAAUGCCAGAUUUUGAUGCAAUAGACCAUUAAGACAGUUCUCCAACAUAUGUCAGCUAAUCAAAAUGAGCUCAGGCCAAAAAGUAAAUUCAUAUUCCUGCAAAGUGUGUAAAGAUUUAAAGUCUGUAUAUAGCUCCAAGGCUUUUGGAACCGGCCUCAAAUGGGCAUAUGAGGAACUGCAGGUUUUUGAUGAGAGGUUGUCACUUGGCAGAGAAGUGCCCUGAAAUUGAGGUUGUAAGCUUUGCCAGCACAGGAAACACAAUCCAUGAACACAGGUCCUAAACCUUCAACAGUUCGAAUGAAAAUACUCUGCAGCCACUCUUACUUUCAGCUCUUUUUGUGAGAAGGUUAUUCUCGCUGUCUCUGCUGCUUUCUCUUGUUUUGCAGGUUUCUCUGUAUGCAGAUGACUGGACUUUCUAUGUUGAUGUUCAGACAUAAUUAAAACCAGAUAUUUUAUGUUUCAGGCUACAUUUAAAGGCUGGAUGGAAAUCAUGUAUGCAGCUGUGGACUCCAGUGAUGUCAGUACAGCAGCUCUUAUAUUCAGGAAAAAAAUAAAAACUUAACUGUAUGAAAUGUGAAAAUACAAUAACUGAUUCCAAAAUUGAAAGUAAAUCUGAUUGAAAGUUGAAAGUUUGAACUGAUUUGACUCUUUUUUUUUAUCAUGUUUACUAUACUUGUGCACAGGUGGAGGCACAGCCCAUGUAUGAGGCAAAUUUGUACAUGUACCUUUACUUUGUCUGCUUCAUCAUUUUUGGCUCCUUCUUCACCCUUAACCUCUUCAUUGGAGUGAUCAUCGACAACUUCAACCAGCAGAAAGCUAAGAUAUGUUUCAACACAGAAACCAACUCAUUUUCCACUGGUUACAGUCAUUCAGUUAUGGCAGUAAAUAUUAGUCCUCUCUGUCUUAGGGUAAACUCUUUCUUUUCUGUUUUUACAUGGGGGGAACAGAUAUUUUUAUGACUGAGGAACAGAAGAAAUAUUACAACGCCAUGAAAAAACUGGGCUCCAAAAAACCUCAGAAACCAGUCCCACGGCCUGCGGUCAGUUUACUUUUAUGUAUGACUUACAAUGCCAGACACUAUUUGAAAGAGAUAACCCCUUCAGAUGUUUCAUGUUGUUUUCUAGAACCUGAAUGUUUCAGGUUGGACCAGGGCUUGUUUUUGAGUUAACUGUAUUUGUUCCCUUUGGUUCUGUCCCCCCAGAAUAAGUUCCAGGGUUUGGUCUUUGACCUGGUUACCCUACAGAUUUUUGACAUUUUGAUCAUGGUGUUGAUCUGCCUCAACAUGGUGACCAUGAUGGUGGAGACAGAUGAACAGAGUGCAGAGAUAGAACUCCUCCUGUACAGGGUCAACCUGUUCUUCAUCGUCAUCUUUACCGCAGAGUGCACUCUGAAGAUGAUUGCUCUUCGUCAGCACUACUUUGCCGUCGGCUGGAACAUCUUUGACUUUGUGGUCGUCAUCCUGUCUAUCGUUGGUGAGUUUGCUGAUCUACGUCCAGUGAUGUAACCUCUUUUUUAGGGAAAUUAUAGUGUGAGCAUUUAAUUCAAUGUUGCUAAACGUCUUCUUUUAAAGGGAUAUUUCAGUGUUUUUUAAGUGGGGUCAUGUGAGUUACAAGUCACUAGAAAUUGUAGGAAUCAUGAUGGAUGUCGGUCAGCUUGGCCCCUUUAAUGAGAAACCACAGGGAGAGCUGGCAUGCAAACUUGGCUACAGUUCAGUGUUCAGUUUAGUUAAGCAGUGGACUCUGGUUGGUGGUGGUUGCAAACUACAGCCUCCUGUGAACCAUGGUCUCAGUUUGUCUCCGAACAUUACCUCACCAUCUACAUGUAUGCACCACUAGGUAACCUGGGAUCUCCUGUUAGCAUUGAAGUUUUACCACUUUUGUCUUCAUAGAUUCACUUUUGUUCCUCAUAAACUCGGGUUCAAAAAGAUGACAUGUCAUUGCUUAAAAUCAAACAAUAAAAGAAAGUUAAUUAAAAAAAGAGGUAGUAAAACACAAACUAAUUACUCUAGGACUAAAAUACCGUAAAAUCACAUAAUGCAGAUUAAAAGAUUAAAACAAAAUUCAGCUAAAAGCCAGACUAAAAAGGUAACUCUUAAGUUUACUUUUAAAAAUAUGAGCAUUAGGUGUCGCUCUCAGGUCUGCAGGUAGGCUGUUUCAGAUGUGGACCGUAGAAUAAGCAUAAUUUGUUCAGAAACUUUAAUAACAAGAAUCAUCUGUAACCCAGGAAAGGAAAAGUGUGUCUUUAACACAGUUCUUCUGAUCUUCCUCUCCUCAGGCCUUCUCCUCGCUGACAUCAUUGAAAAGUAUUUCGUCUCGCCUACGCUCUUUCGUGUGAUCCGAUUGGCUCGUAUUGGCAGAGUCCUUCGACUGAUUCGUGGAGCCAAAGGUAUAAGGACCCUGCUGUUUGCCCUGAUGAUGUCUCUUCCUGCCCUCUUCAAUAUAGGCCUCCUCCUCUUCCUCAUCAUGUUCAUCUUCUCCAUCUUUGGCAUGUCGAACUUUGCCUACGUUAAGAAAGAGGGGAUGAUUGACGACAUGUUUAACUUUGAGACUUUUGGGAACAGCAUGAUUUGUUUGUUUAUGAUCACCACGUCAGCUGGAUGGGACGGUCUGCUGAGCCCCAUCAUGAACCUGCCGCCAGAUUGUGACCCUGACAUUGUGAACCCAGGAUCUCAGGUCAGAGGAAACUGUGGCAGCCCUGCCAUCGGUAUCGUCUUUUUCACCACCUACAUCAUCAUUUCGUUCUUAGUGGUGGUCAACAUGUACAUCGCCAUCAUCCUGGAGAACUUUAAUGUGGCCACUGAGGAAAGUGCAGACCCACUGUGUGAGGAUGACUUUGAAAUGUUCUAUGAAACUUGGGAGAAGUUUGACCCUGAUGCCUCACAGUUUAUCCAAUACAGGUGAGUCCUAACCAGGGAUGAGAAUUAAGGCUGUUAUCUUGAUGCUGAUAUCUUUAUCAAUUCUGCUUAUUGAUGUGUUUUCUUCACUACUUUAAGGUCAACUUUGUAAAUGAGACCUCUGAUUGGUUGACGGUCUGAAACAAAAAUAUCAGUCUUCCAUUAGCUAACAAUAGAUAUGACAUGAUUUCACUAAAACAAAUACGUAAAUCAUCAUUAGGGAUUUGAGGGACUUAAUCCAGAGAGUCUAUGAAAAUACACAGAUCUUUUCAAAGGGAUAGAAAAGCCCCUGGAUGUUGUAGAAACACAAUUGUUGGGUCUAAAACCUGCCCAAAUACCUGAAGACAUAUAAAGAAGAGAAAGACAAUGGUAUAUACUCAAGGAGAAUGGACAGAGAUAGUAUCAGGUACAAUCUCGAAACCGCUCUGAAGGUGGUUUCUGUCCCGUCUCUUUUAUUUAGGGUUGUCCCUGGUUACACAAUGUUUCUAAAGGAUGGGGGAAAAAUAUGUGCAGCAACGUAAGCACUCUCAUAAAACAGAAUAAUGAACAACAGAGAAUAUGUGAGGGUAAAGGCGACAUUGUUGCAUCAAACGAGCUCCUCCUGAUAGAAGCGGAUCCUCCUCAUUACUUCCCACGAUUCACAGUGGAGGAUACAUCACCCACACACACACCUGCUGAUAGGAGAAACGAGGUCACAGAAAAAUGAAGAAACACUCAUGUGCUGUGUCAUAAAGCUAUUGGAGAGAGAAGUUAGAAAACACUCUUAUAUGAUGUGUAACAAGAGGUCAAAACAGUUCAUACUUGUAGUAAACUCUUACAUAAGAAUAUGAGUAAAAAUGAUAACUUCUAUAUACAUUUAUGCACAUUAUUCUAACAACAACACAAGAGUCCAUGACCAGAAAGUUCCCGGAUUCACAAAGCUGGUGGAUUUUAUAAUACAUUGUGUUGUCCUUCUAUACAAAACCGUUUUUUUGAUUCCCAUCCCUAGUCUCAACCAUCAUUAUUGCGUUAUGGUUCCUGACCUGACUCCCAGGUGUUCACAGUCUUUCUUCUGUUCCUCCACAGUAAGCUAUCUGAAUUUUGUGACACACUGAAAGAUCCUCUGAAGAUCCCCAAACCAAAUACCAUCAAACUGAUCCACAUGGAUCUGCCACUGGUCCCUGGAGACAAGAUCCACUGUCUGGACAUACUGCUGGCCCUGACUGCUCAGGUAAACUCCCCAGAUUACACAUUCAGUUAUGUCAUGUGAGCUUUAUUGAUAUGAGACUCCUGAUUUGAUAAAUUUUCAUGUUAUGUGUUAUGUUUUUGUGAAUUAUUUGGGGGGAUUUUAACCUUGAUUUAACAGCUUGAGAAAGUGACAGGAAAUGUAGGGAGUAUAGAGGAGCCCAUCCAACAAAUCAAUCUAACAGCCAGUGCAAUAAGAACUGUGUUCUCUUUGUUGUGCCCCUGCUCUAGCAACUGAGCCUCCAUGUUGAGUUAUGUUUAAUCUGAAAUGUAUAAAAUCUCUCACGGUGCAGGUUUUGGGUGAGUCAGGGGAGAUGGAUGCUCUCAAAGCCAGCAUGGAGGAGAAGUUCAUGGCCAACAACCCCUCGAAGGUUCUAUUCUAUUCUAUUCUAUACAAAAUGUUUUAUUUUGGCUUGACUACACCAAGAGUUUAUCUUGAUCCAUAUUUGUUCUCACGUCACUCUUCACAAUCAGCAGCAGGAAACUGAAAGUGUUGACUUUAACCUUAUUUAAAUUGAAAUGUGAAACUGUAUGCAGAUGACCUCACUCUCUAUGUUUACCGAAUGAAACAAGAUAUAGAGGUCAUGCAUCAGAUCAUUUUCAGGGUUGAAAGUCAUAUCUUUGUUUUGAUAUACCAGAAGUCACCAACCUUGUUAUUACCUGCAGGUGUCGUAUGAACCAAUCAGCAGCACUCUGAGGAGGAAACAGGAAGAGGUGGCGGCGACAAUUAUCCAGAGAGCAUACAGGAAACACCUCCUUCAGAGAACAGUCAAACUGGCGUCCUACAAAUACAGGGAGAAGACAGAAGGACUACGAGACAAGAUGCCACCACCAGAGACUGAAGGACUUCUCUAUAAACGAAUCAGUCAGCUGUAUGGGGACAAUGAGGAGACCGAGACGCCAGGUGUCCCGGAUGCUUCGGGUGAGGAGCUCCCGGCCCGGGUGGAGCUGCAGAGCGAGUUCCUCCUGCAUGCUGCUCCUCCCCUCAGAGCCUCCGACUUCCUGCAAGAUGAGGACCUGAAGGAGACCGCUGUCUGA